AAAACCGAAAAGCAUCUACGAAGUACUACCUUUUCGUAGCGUUCGAGUGAUUCAGAUCCUCCUUCAUCCAUCGACCUCUUGGACCUUUUGGAACUGAUGUCGAAUUGAGCAUCCUUCAUUGUAGACAAUUGUACUACUUGCACAAGAUCUACAGUGCAAAUAUUGUCACGUGCCAUAGGACACACAUUCCAUAUCGAACAUUUAUCUCCCCCAAACCAUUCGAAUUAAGAAAAAGAGAAGGAAAAAAGGAAAUAAAAGAGCUAGAAAGAGAUAGAAAAGGAAAAAAAAUGGCAUCAACGAAGAAUGACGGAAGCACCAUAUUCCUAUCGGAGCAAGAGGUAUCCCGCAUCCGCAGCACCGUCCAGAACCGCAUCAAGCAAUGCGAGUCGAUCCGUGGCCAGGCGCGUUCGCCCCGGGACAAGAAGUCUUCAAUCAGCGAGGCCACGGGUGCGUCCCUGAUGGCUGAUAUGGGCGGGAUGCCGGACCCAGACAUGGCGGAGGGGGCUCGAGGCGCGGCCGUUCCCGCGUUGGCGGUCGGGCAGCCUUAUCCGCCGUGCGUGAUACCGCUGAGGGAACUCGAGUUAAUGAAGAUUAAGGAUCUGGUGCUGGACACGCAUCACAGGGGUCGGAGGUUGAAGGUCAAGCGGGCGAGUCCCGUCGUCACGCUGACGGCGAGGUCGUGGACGAUGGUGCAGGAUGUCGAGGAUGGUGGGGAUGAGAUCGAGCGGUUGGAGAUGUGCCUACAUAAGACUAGGCACGGCGAGGAUGUGUUAGAGUUGAACGCGUAUUACGAGAUCAAAGAGCCGUAUUUCACAAUCAAUGAUCAAGGAGAGCCUACCUUGCGAAUCGACCACCCUUCGGACUUGGUCUUGUACCGGGAUGAUCUUCCUAAGAGCAACGAUCCGGCAUCAAAAGAUGCAGCAGCUGCAGAGAAAGCGGCGAAGAAAUGCAAAGACAAGGGAAAUGCGGCGUUGAAAGAGCAGGAUUUCCCGGAAGCUCAUGCGAAAUACACUGAAGGUCUGGCUAUUUCUAAGAAAUUCCCCGAUGCAGAUGCAUGCGUGGACCUUGCGAGGGACAUCUCUCGCAAUCGCGCACAUGUCAAUCUCAUCCUACAGCAACUAGAUGAGGCCAAAUCCGACGCAAAGGCAGCUCUCAUUGGUAAGGACGAUGAGCGAUUCAAGGACUUGGAUAGCAAAGCGUACUAUCGGGCAGGAAGCGCAGCAUAUGCACUGGGAGAGUGGGAUGAAGCAAGCACUUACUUCCAAGAUCAGCUGAGGGUAGCACCUACCGACAGGUCCGCGAACGUUUUCCUGAAGAAAAUUGGCCAGCGGUUAGAAGAGCAAGAGAAGGGAACGCAUGACCUGAGGAAGAUCCGCGCCGGACUCUCUCGAGAAAGACCGCGUGUGGACGCUGCAACGUACAAUGGAAAUACAGAGAUCAAAGACAGUCCAGGGCGAGGGAGAGGGUUAUUUGCAACCAAGAAGAUAGCCGCUGGAGAAAUCGUGGCAAUCGAGAAAGCCGUCCCCGCAGUUCUAGGUUUCGAAAGCGAGGCACUGACGGUGAUGACAUACGAUGUUCGCGACGACAGAAUCAGAGUUGCGCCCGCAGGCCUCGAAAAAGCACUUGUACAAAGGCUGAUCAGCAACCCUUCUUUAAUCAAGAAAGCAAUGGAGUCGUUUGGCGAUUAUGAGGGUGAUGGCAAAGGCAUUUUCCAGAACGAGGACGGCCCCAUCGUUGAUGUCUUCCGGAUACACGACAUCAUAGCUCGCAAUGCCUUUGCAGCAGGCGCCCAAUACGGCGAAGAGAACACCGGAAACACAAGUGUUGGAUUCUGGCCAUAUGCUGCAAUGGCAAAUCAUUCUUGUCUUCCUAAUACUAAGAAGGAGUAUGCUGGUGACUUGAUAAUCGUUCGGGCAUCGAGCCCAAUCGCUGCUGGAGAGGAGAUCUUCGGCAGCUACAAUGAAGCCGUCGACUUCGACACCAGGCAAGCCGCCCUGAUGACCACUUGGGGCUUCGAGUGUGACUGCAAACUAUGUGCUGCGGAGAAGAAGGACGACCCCGCUGUCAGGAAGAAGAGGCGUGAUCUAGCGAGUGAAGCCGAUGCUUUUGUCCAGAGGGAGUCGUGGGCGGAUGCAAAGAGACUCACAAUGAGGAAAGCGCAGAACCUUGCACGCAACAUAGAUGAGACAUACAAUAGUGAGAGGUUCAAGGAUUUACCGCAUCUCGCAACGCAAACGAUUCAGGAAUGGCUAUCUAAGGCAAGCCCCCGACGAUAAUUUAGAGU